CUUUGUUGCGUUGGUACUUUUGCAAAAUGGCUAGAGCUGAAGAUUACUCUACUAGGCACCGUCUGGCUCUUGUUGCCUUGGGGAUAUUUUCAGCACUGACCACUGCUGGAGUUAUCUUUGGGUUCCAAGCUCUUCGUCCGGCGCUCAUUGAUAGCCAUGUGUAUGAGGACCUAUGCUCUCCCGCCGAGGACAAGCCGUGCAAUGCACAAGUGCUUCGUCUCAACCUUAUGUUUGCAAUUGCUUCAACCGGUGCCAACCUUGCUUCACUGCCUAUCGGAAUGAUUCUCGACAAAUACGGACCCCGUGCAACGAUGCUGUUAGGAAGCGGACUAUUUUUGCUUGGGUCAAUAUUAUUUGGGUGUAGCAACCCAAACUUUGACGGUUACAUAAUAGGAUACUUACUUUUGGGCGUCGGCGGGCCUUUCUGUUUCAUCGCGAGCCUUCAUAUUAGCCUUACCUUUCCCUCGCAUUCCGGAAAGAUAAUGGCUGCGCUCACAGGUGCUUUUGAUGCUUCCAGCAUCAUCUAUCUCAUCUUUGCGGACCUUUACAAGGCCCUUGGUGGUUCCAUACAAAGAUAUUUUGCAGCCUACAGCGUUGUUCCAAUAGUGAUUGUCAUCGCUACCCUGCUGCUAAUGCCAAAAUCUUCAUUCGGCAAGCAUCAAGAAGAAGGUGGCGAAAGUGAGAUCGAAACGGACGAAGGACAACCUUUAUUGGCUCCGACUGUGGCAACCGAAAAUGCCACAGAGCUUUUCUGGAAACAAUUUAAAAGCCCGGAAUUUUGGGGUAUCACCUCCACAAUAUGUCUCUUUAUGCUCAGAUUAAAUUUCUAUAUUUCGUCCAUAAAGGAGCAGUUAUUGGAUUUGUCAAGAACUCCUGCCGAUCUUGACGAGGUUGAUCGAAUAGUAUCCUACUUCAAUGUGGCACUUCCCCUGGCUGGUUUGGUGUCUAUUCCAGCCGUUGGACACCUCUUGGACAACUUCUCGUUCAAGAUCAGCUUUGUGGUUCUAUGGAUAUUCGGAUUAUCAUUUGGGAUUCUAUCCCUGGUUCCAAAUGUACCUUUGCAGUACCUCUCAGUCGCCAUAUUUGUGCUAAAGCGACCUCUACUGUACACGAUUGGAAACGAUUUUUGUGCCAAGACGUUCGGUUUUGUUACGUUCGGACGGCUUUACGGUAUCAUGAAUGUUCUCGCGGGACUCUUUUCGAUGCUGCAGUACCUGUUCAAUUAUGUGGCUCUCGAUUUGAUGAACGGACAUUUCUGGGCGGUCAAUCUGUCCCUAACCGUCGUGACCGGCCUGCUUCUAAUUUUCCCGAUUUAUCUUGGUUUGCGACAGCAGUCAGUCUAACUUUGUUAGUGGCGUAGAUCGAUCGAAUUCCUAUUCUCACUUCUAGUAGACUUAGUGGGAGGGCCGCUUCAGACCUGUAGUUUGGACGUAAGCUAAGAACACAGACGCCGGAUGCGCCAGAACAGCAUUAUACUAUUUACAAGACAUAAUCUAAGCUACUUCCGUUUUUUUGCGCUUCCC